UAUUAUUAGCGUUGAAGCUGGUUUUUUGGUGAAACAUGAAGCCAUCAUGCUCCUUCACGUGAAGCUCAUCUGCCUCCUCCUCCUUGCCGGAGCUAGCCUCGCCGCGUGCACCGCCGGCGACGGCAACGACGACGACCACCAGUUCGUUUACUCAGGCUUCACCGGCAGCAACCUCACCCUCGACGGAGCCGCCGUGAUCACGCGCACCGGCCUUCUCGAGCUCACCAAUGGCACGCUCCGCCAGAAAGCCCACGCCAUCCAUCCGGCCCCGUUCCGCCUCCGCGGCGGCUCGUCGUCGUCGUCGACGGCGACGGCGACGGCGACGGCGACGGCGACGGCGACACGGUCCUUCUCGGCGUCCUUCGUGUUCGCCAUCCUAUGCCCCGACGCCGACGCCUGCGGCCACGGCAUCGUCUUCUUCGUCGCACCGGCCAACCACAGCUUCUCCGGCGCGUUCCCCAGCCAGUACAUCGGCCUCUUCAACGGCAGCAGCGACGGCGACGCCGGGAACCACCUCGUCGGCGUCGAGCUCGACACCGACCAGAACAACGAGUUCCGUGAUAUCGACGGCAACCACAUCGGCGUCGACAUCAACAGCCUCACCUCCAUUAACUCAACCAGCGCCGGCUACUACGACGACAACGACGGCGGCAACUCCGGCGACCAUGGCUUCCACAACCUGACGCUGGCGAGCCACGGCGAGGCCAUGCAAGUGUGGGUCGAUUACAACGGCACGGCCAAGCAGAUCACCGUCGCCAUGGCUCCCCUCAAGAUGGCCAAGCCUUCCAAGCCAUUGUUGUCUUCUACCUACGACCUCUCCACGGUGUUCGUCGCCGACGAGCCCUACAUGGUGGGCUUCUCGUCGGCGACGGGUUCUUUCAACUCCAGACACUACGUUCUCGGUUGGAGCUUCGCCAUGGAUGGACCUGCUCCGGCCAUCGACAUCGACAAGCUGCCCAAGCUGCCUCGCUUCGCCCCCAAGCACAAGCCCAAGAUGGUAGAGAUAAUUCCGCCAUUGGCGACGGCUACAUUCAUCGUCGCAUUGGGAACCGUCUCUGUUCUUCUGAUACGGAGACGGAUGAGGUACACCGAGUUGCGGGAAGAUUGGGAGGUUGAGUUUGGACCGCAUCGGUUCUCCUACAAGGACUUGUUCCGCGCCACGGAUGGAUUCAAGAGCAUGAAUCUGGUUGGUGUCGGAGGAUUUGGGAGAGUAUACAAGGGAGUGCUUCAAUCAUCUAAAUUGGAGAUUGCUGUCAAGAGGGUAUCACAUGAUUCGAAGCAAGGCAUGAAAGAGUUCAUUGCGGAGGUUGUUAGCAUAGGUCGACUACAGCAUCGUAAUCUUGUUCAGUUACUUGGUUAUUGCAGGCGAAAAGGUGAACUUCUUUUGGUGUAUGAGUAUAUGGCGAAUGGAAGUCUUGAUAAACACUUGUACAGUGAAGGUGAUAAGCGGGUUUUAGAUUGGGAUCAAAGACUUCAAAUCAUCAAAGGAAUUGCAUCUGGUUUGCUCUACCUUCACGAGGAGUGGGAGAAAGUGAUCGUCCACCGGGAUAUUAAAACAAGCAAUGUCCUCCUCGACAGCGAGAUGAAUAGUCGAUUAGGUGACUUUGGCUUGGCAAGGCUUUAUGACCGUGGUGCAGACCCACUGACCACUCAUGUGGUUGGUACCAUAGGAUACCUAGCGCCAGAACUAGGCCGUAGCAGCAAGGCCACUCCUUUGACUGAUAUAUUUGCUUUUGGCAUAUUUAUUCUCGAGGUUACUUGUGGGCGAAGACCAAUCAUGCAAGUUCCAGAGGGCGAACAACAUGUGUUGGUUGACUGGGUGCUCGAGCAUUGGCACAAAGGAUCAAUAACUGAGAUAGUGGAUACAAAGCUCCAUGGAAACUAUAAUGUAGAUGAGGUAUGUCUAGUACUAAAGCUUGGAUUAUUAUGCUCACAUCCUCUCUCCAAUGCAAGGCCCAAUAUAAGGCAAGUGAUGAAGUACCUAACUGGAGACAUGGCAAUGCCAGAACUGGUGCCAACACACCACAGCUUUCAUACACUUGCACUGAUGCAGAACCAAGGAUUCGACUCAUACAUUGCACUCUCCUUUCUUCUCCAUAUCCUGCUGUUCCAUGGCUUUAAUCUUGUGCUGGCCGUCAGUGCCAGCGAUGACCAGUUCGUCUUCUCUGGCUUCUCCGGUGCCAACGUCACCCUCGAUGGCACGGCCACGGUCACAGCAGGCGGCCUCCUUGAGCUGACCAACGGCACGACCCAGCUCAAAGGCCAUGCCUUCUUCCCAGCUCCCUUGAGCUUCCGCGGGUCACUCAACGGCACGGUGCAAUCCUUCUCAGCCUCCUUUGUGUUUGCCAUCCUCACAUCUUACCCCAACCUGAGCUGCCAUGGCAUCGCCUUCGUUGUUGCGCCGAGCAACAAUCUAUCCACAGCACUGGCAGCACAGUACAUGGGACUCACCAACAUCGACAACAAUGGCAACGCGAGCAACCACAUUUUUGCUGCAGAGAUUGACACCAUGCAGAAUGUUGAGUUCCAGGACAUCAACAACAACCAUAUCGGUGUUGACAUCAAUGGCCUCCACUCGGUGGAAUCACACUAUGCAGGCUACUACGACAAGAAUGGAAGCUUCCAUAACAUGAAUCUUAUCAGCGGCGAUGUUAUGCAGGCAUGGGUGGAUUAUGAUGGAGAUAUCGCUCAAAUUAACAUCACCAUUGGUCCAAUUGAUAUGUCUAAACCAGGAAGGUCACUCAUCUCUACCACAUACAACCUCUCAGAUGUUCUCAUGGAGCCAUCAUUCAUCGGAUUCUCCUCUGCGACAGGCCCAAUCAACUCUCGGCACUACAUUCUUGGUUGGAGCUUCGGCAUGAACAAGCCUGCUCCAAACAUUGAUAUUGCCAAGUUGCCAAAGCUACCUCGCCUUGCCCCAAAGCCUCAAUCCAAGGUCUUGGUAAUCCUACUUCCAAUAGCUAUCGCAGCAUUCAUCCUUUCUGUGGGCAUCGCCAUGGUUUUUCUAGUACGGAGAAGACAGAGAUAUGCUGAACUGCGUGAAGAUUGGGAGGAUGAGUUUGGACCGCAUCGGUUCGCAUACAAGGAUUUACUCCAUGCUACUGAUGGAUUCAGUGACAAGCAUAUUCUUGGAGCGGGAGGGUUUGGCAGAGUAUACAAAGGAAUUCUCCCAAAAUCAAAAUUGGAGGUUGCUGUGAAGAGGGUGUCCCAUGAAUCAAGGCAAGGAAUGAAAGAGUUUGUUGCUGAGGUAGCUAGUAUUGGCAGGAUUCGACACCGCAACCUCGUGCAACUACUUGGUUAUUGCCGGAGAAAGGGUGAGCUCCUUUUGGUAUAUGACUACAUGUCAAAUGGCAGUCUUGACAGAUAUUUGCAUUAUGAAGGGAACAAGCCGGUCUUGGAUUGGGUUCAGAAGUUCCAAAUUAUCAAAGAUGUUGCAUCUGGUUUACUCUACCUUCAUGAGAAGUGGGAUAAAGUUGUCAUUCACCGGGAUAUCAAAGCAAGCAAUGUACUACUCGAUAAAGAAAUGAAUGCACGACUCGGCGAUUUUGGCCUAGCAAGGCUGUAUGACCAUGGCACUGAUGCACACACAACGCAUAUGGUUGGCACCAUGGGUUACCUUGCACCAGAGCUAAUUCACACAGGGAAGGCAUCAACUCUUACAGAUGUUUUUGCAUUUGGCACAUUCCUUCUCGAGGUCAUAUGUGGGCAAAGGCCUAUUAAGGAAGAUGCACACGGAAAUCAAAUUUUGUUAGUCGAUUGGGUACUUGAGCAUUGGCACAAUGAAUCCCUACUUGACACAGUUGAUCCAAGGUUACAAGGUGAUUACAAUGUGGAAGAGGCAUGCCUUGUGCUAAAGCUUGGGCUGCUCUGCUCACACCCUUCUACUAAUGCCAGGCCAUGCAUGCAACAAGUUGUGGACUACCUUGAAGGAGAUACACCAGUUCCAGAAUUGGCAUCAACACACCGGAACUUCAACGAGCUAGCCUCAAUGAGAAAAAAAGGUUUUGACCCAUACAUCAUGUCAUAUAAUCCAUCAUCAACGGUGAGUUUCGGCACUGUAUCUGACCUAUCAGGAGGAAGAUGACAUACAUGGUACUGCUUAACGGUAUCCUACAUACUUAGUUGGCAAAUCCGUGUGCCACAUGAUCUAUUUUGUUAAGAUGUAAGUGAAAACUAGCAGGCUAGGAUAAACCACAUUUAUCCUUGAUGCCUGAUGGAAUGCCGAAAGUAGAUAAAAAAUCUAUUUACAGGACUUCAGUGAAGUAAUUCUGAACGAGAAAGCAUCAGUGAACAAACAGACAGUGUUUUUUUUCCCCAUAUUUAGCUAUAUGAUGGUAUCUUAUUUUUCGUUUCGAAUCUGAUUCAGUGAAUUCAGAAAUCACAAUGUCUGAACCCCUUGUUGUCCAACUGUUCUAAUCUUGUGUAGGAAUUCCUAUAUACCUGUUAAAUAUGGUUGUAAAACAUGGGGCAAAAUCUGCACAAACAGAAAUGUACUUUCCUCCAAUACACUGCUCAUUCCAGCUGCA